AUGUCCGCGCGCCGCCGCCCCACGCCCAAUCAGCGCCCGCCACGUGUCUCCGCGCCACCCGCCGCCGCCGCGGCCCGAGGGAGCCCAGAUCGGCCCGCCGCCGCCCGGGAAUUGCGCCGCCGCCUGGAUCCCGCUCGCCUGUCCGCCGCCGCGCCAACCCUCGCCGCCGACCGCGCCCAACGCCCGCACCCUCCGCCGCCGGAGCCGCUCCAGCCCCGCCGCCGUCCGCCGGCGCGCCUCCCGCGCCCCGUAUCGGCGCUUGAGUCGCACUGCACCGCGCCGCCUGCCCCCUCCGCCGGCGUCAUGCCGCGUCCACCGCAGUUGUUUCCUCCACCCUAUGCCCCAAUUCCGUUCGUCGGCGACGCCGCAUCUCUGCUAGAUAUAGCCCACCUCCCCAUCUGGGAUUACAUAGCGAUGUUGAGUGAGGACGCCCGGAAUGCAGUCGACCGUGGAGAGGAUUGGGUCGAAUCCGCGGCAGAUAAUUCAUGGAUUAAACCUGGGUUGACACCAAGUAAAGUAAGUGGUUCAUGGAGCCACAACAUGCCUGCUGCCAAUUCUGGUUCCGAUUCAACUGCUGCUUCUCGUGUACCUUCUGCAGUUGGUGUAGAAGAAGAUGCAGAACCUGACGAGGCAGUGCCUACAAAUGAUGAUGAAGACGAGAUGAUGUUUCCUGAACUGGUCGAUGUAGCCAGUCAGCAAGCAGUGGAUCACGAAUAUAUGGAGGAGCCCAUCAGCCAAGCUAGGUUUGAUGACACUGACGAUGAAGAGAAGGUGGAGAACAUGGACAGCUUAAUCGAGGAUGAAUAUGAUGGUGAUGACAUGCCAACAAUUGAGUGGAACAGGGAAAAACCAGAGCUUAGUGUAGGUACCAUUUUCCAAUCAAUGGUGGACUGUCGGAAUGCAGUGUGA